ACCUGUGGCCGAAUCAGUUGCAAGUAGCUCUCUUAAAUCCUAUCUUCAUCAAAAAGACGCUAAUAGUCACAAUAAAGAUGAGCUCAAACUACCUAAAAAAAGAGACAUACCUUGCUCUAUGGUAAAAAUUGUCAAAACUAUCAGUGAAAGUAAAGUUAUUGUGGAUCUUAUUUUCAAAAAUAGUGAUAAAGAUCAAUGUAUAGUUCAGCUAGAUAAUAUAAUUAAAUAUACUGAUGAACAAGUGAAUAAGCAAAUUAUGCCUUCACAACCUAUACUAUUAUCCAAAGACUCCUAUAGUAAUGUUGUUGUUUUUACGAUACUAUACGGAGAAAAGAAAGGAUCUUUAUAUUUAACCUCCACAUGUCUAGUAAAUACAAGUCUUACACAUAUCCAAAAUAUAUUUACUUAUAAAGAUAUUUAUAACCAAGCUACUGCUUUCACGCUAGCUGAUUCAAACUUGUGUACUCACCUUCUUCUUCAAGUUUUUGACCUAAUGAAACAAAAAAAAUGGUCUGAAGCUAAGUUUCUUUAG